AUGGCGACGAAACAAGCCAAAGAAUCCGUUCAAUGCUUCGGGCGUAAGAAGACGGCCGUCGCCGUCACACACUGCAGACGCGGCUGCGGUCUGAUCAAGCUCAACGGCGCCCCAAUCGAGCUGUUCCAGCCAGAGAUCCUCAGGUUCAAGAUCUUCGAGCCGGUGCUUCUCCUCGGCAAGCACCGUUUCGCGGGUGUGGACAUGAGGAUCCGUGUCAAGGGCGGUGGUCACACUUCUCAGGUCUACGCGAUUCGUCAGAGUAUCGCUAAGGCGCUUGUGGCGUUUUACCAGAAGUAUGUUGAUGAGCAGUCGAAGAAGGAGGUUAAGGAUAUUUUGAUUAGGUAUGAUAGGACUCUGCUUGUUGCGGAUCCGAGGAGGUGUGAGCCGAAGAAGUUUGGUGGGCGUGGUGCUCGUUCUCGUUUCCAGAAGAGUUACCGUUAAAAAAAAAACCAAAUCUGGUUUGUGUUUUUUUUCUUUUCUUGUCUGAACGUUUUGAGGACAUGAGUUGUUGAGUUUUUGUCUUUAUGGUUAUUGGAUAAUGUUUCGACAAUGUUUGCUCUUUAUUUAUUGAAGAACUUCUCAAGCUUUAAUAAUCUUUUGUCUCUUUUUACUCGGAUUGAUAUUGUUCGCUAGGAGCCUAGUAGUAA